CGGCAGCGUAGCGCUCGACUCUGAGAGCACGGAGUGAGCUGCGCGGAGCGCGAGUCGUCAUUAUUUUCCUGGAUUUCGUGGUGUACGCGUCGCCCAAUUGCGCCAAGGAUACGUGGCCGACGCGAGGUGAUCGAUUCCCGACGGAGGCGCAGUCUCGACGCCGCGCGUCCGCGAAUCCCUCACCGUUUGGGCCUCUGCUCUCCAGUUUUCGCGCACACACAUACCUGGGGUGUGCCUGUCUCUGUGUGUGCGUGUGUAAAUAUCCGUUGUUGGUUUACAGUGCAGUGAGAUCAAUCAGUGGGAAACCAAAUGGUUGUGCUCGAGGAAGGCAGUAUGCUGACUACUGGACACAAUCAGUAUUUACAACCGGAUUAUCUCUCGCCGCUUCCAACUACGUUGGACGCGAAAAAGAGUCCGCUGGCACUAUUGGCGCAGACAUGUAGCCAAAUCGGGGCCGACUCGCCCACGAAACCGCUGAUCUCGCCUCUGGAAAAGAGCUCGAAGGGCAUGGGCAUCGCCACGAACGCAAAGUCGCCGCCGGCCGCGAAGCUGGAGCGCAACACCCGCGGCAGCCCGACGGACGGCAAGUCGCUGGCAUUCAAACCGUACGAGACCAAUGUCGUGACGAAGAAGACGACGGACGAGGGUAGACCCGCGUCCAAAGCCAGUGUACAUAGUGUCAGUGGUCAGGAUAGUAUCAGUGUGUGUGAUAGCGUGCAUCCCGACAAGAAGUCGUCUGGCAAUCGCACGCCAGUGAGUCGGAAGUCCGCGUCGCCGAGCAGCCAAGCGACGGCAACGACGACCAGCGGUACGCCGUCGGUCGAUCGGAAGACCCCGGCGGACCGCGAGAAGAUGGACGGCUCGCCGCGAAGCAGUAACAGCAACAACGGUAGCAGUAACAGCAGCAACGGCAGCAGCAGCAACAGCAGCAGCAGCAGCAGCAACAACAACAGUGGCGCCAGUCCGAUUAUCAGAUCCGGGAUGGAGAUUCUGUCGGGCGCGCAUACGAAGGACGCGAGUCUGGCCGCUUAUAAGCCAGGUCUGCCCGCGGGAUUCUCCGGCAAUCCGCUCUGCUGUCCGCCAGGCCUCGCCGAGAACCCGGCCUUCAGGCCGCCCUUCGCGGGCGCGUCGCCCUUCUCGCAUCACGCGGCGGCGCUACUGUCCGUCGGCUACCCGUCGGCAGGCCCGACCGGCGGCAACCCGUACUUGGGUUACGCCCGCGUCAAGACACCCGCCGGCGGCGAUGCCCUGAUGCCGGUCUGCAAGGACCCUUUCUGCACGGGUUGCCAGUACAGCAUGCAUAACGCACAGCUGAUGAUGGGCGCGGGCAGCUGUCCGAGCGGGUGCACGCAGUGCGACCAUCAGAAGUACGGCCUGGCGAUGGCGUUGUCGUCUCUGGGCCCGAUGCCGCCACCGUCGCUGUCCUAUCCGUCCACGCUGGCCGGCGGCCGGCCCUACGUCUGCAAUUGGAUUGCCGGCGAGUCGUACUGCGGCAAGCGGUUUGCCACGUCGGAGGAGCUCCUCCAGCAUCUGCGUAGCCACACGAGCCUGACCGGCGGCGACCAUGCGGCGGCCUCCGCCGCGGCGCUCCUAGGCAAUCCGCAUCCGCACCCGCUGCUGUCGCCGUCGACCACCCUUCAUCGCGCCAGCGGCGGCACCUACCCGGCGCCGUCGCUGAGCCCGCUCGGCGCCCGAUACCAUCCCUACGGCAAGCCGCCGACGGGCCCGCUGCCGGCCUCGCUCGCCGCCUCGCCGUAUAGCGCUUUCAACGCCUUAGGACCGUACUACUCGCCGUACGCGGUCUACGGACAGCGAAUCGGCGCCGCCGUACAUCCCUAAGAUGGACAUACCGCGAGGAAGGGGGAGGGAGAGGGUGGUACGACGGCAAGAUCUCUCCUGGAGGGAGCCUCUUCCCGUCCUCCCUUUUUCUCCCCGUCUCUUCCCUCUUCUUCUGAGUGUACAAUUGGAGAAUGUGCAACAUAAUGAUACGCGGACGAAGUCCUCCGUCUAAGACUGUUGUGUAAAUAGCCGCUGUGUAUAAUACAGAUUUAUUUAAAAGAAUUCUAUAUAUGUAUAUAUAAAUAUGAAUAUAUGUGUACAUUGAAGAAUAUGAUUAAAGUUUAUGAAACAA